GCAGGGGUGGGGGGUGUUGCAAGAGUGAUGUACUCAGUCUCAAGAGACAAAUGUCGCUCCAACUCAUCUCAGCUAACAGCAAAGCAAAAAGGAGGAGAAGAGAACACCUCAGAUAAAACGCCCCAUCUGAAAAAUACCCACAUCUCUCUCUCUCUCUCUCUCUGUGGUUACAGGCCAGAGUUGGAAAAAAAAGACUCAACUUGGUUUCUCGCUCUGUAGAUGUGGGUUGUGUGGGUCUUGUGAAGACCUGGUCCUUUGGUGUUUAGGAAAAGGAAGAAAUAGUUGGUAGUCACCAGGAACAGCUCUUGGUUUUUGGGCGUCUUUUAGAUUUUGAUUUUGAGUGACCAAGACAAGAAGAAAAGUGCUUCUGGAGGGUCUUAGAAAGAUUGAGUUUUGAAACGGAGAAGUGAAAGAAUUAGUACUUGGAUGAGUUUUUCUGCCAUACCCUGUGUGAAUCUUAGGCUACCAAACAAGCCCUUCUUGAAGAAAUGUUGGUGCUGGGUUUUGUUUAAAAUGUCCUCAAAUCUCAGGGUCUCUGGUUCCCACGGGAGGUUGAGCUUGAGCUCCAAGAAGCAUCAGCAGCAGCCGGCUCAUCAUGUGCAGAACCUGAAGGGCGGUGUCAAAUGGAGAAAAAGGCUCCUUAUAUUAUGGGUACUGGCUGGAGUCAUCGGCUCUUGCGCCAUUUUCUGGUGUAUGAACCACAAUAAUGUUACCAGGAGGAAGGAGACGCUUGCUAAUAUGUGUGAUGAGAGGGCUAGGAUGUUGCAGGAUCAGUUCAACGUCAGUAUGAACCACGUCCAUGCGUUGGCUAUCUUGGUUUCCACAUUUCAUCAUGGGAAACAGCCUUCCGCCAUUGAUCAGAAAACGUUCGCAGAGUAUACUGAGAGGACAGCCUUUGAAAGACCUUUGACCAGUGGUGUUGCUUAUGCUGUCAAAGUACUUCAGUCCGAGAGGGAACAAUUUGAGAAACAGCAUGGAUGGACCAUAAAGAGAAUGGGAACAGAAGAUCAGUCCCGUGUGCAGGAUGACUAUAUCCCUGAGAAGCUUGAUCCAGCUCCAGUACAAGAUGAAUAUGCACCGGUCAUCUUCUCUCAAGAUACCAUGUCUCAUAUUGUGUCCAUCGACAUGAUGUCUGGAGAGCAAGAUCGUGAGAACAUAUUGCGGGCAAGAGCAUCUGGGAAGGGAGUUUUGACAUCUCCAUUCAAGCUCCUGAAAUCGAAUCACCUUGGAGUUGUGCUCACAUUUGCUGUAUAUAAGGUCAACCUUCCACCUGAUGCCACUCCUAAAGAGCGGAUAAGUGCAGCUGAAGGAUACUUGGGGGCGGCUUUUGAUGUCCCAUCUUUGGUGGAGAAACUGCUUCAACAAUUAGCUAGCAAGCAAACAAUUGUGGUCAAUGUGUAUGAUACAACUAAUAGGUCUUCUCCAAUAAACAUGUAUGGCCCUAAUGUAACUGAAACUGGUUUAUGCCACGUUAGCAACCUUGACUUCGGUGAUCCAUAUCGGAAGCAUGAGAUGCAUUGCAGAUUUAAGCAGAAGCCACCACUACCAUGGUCAGCAAUAAUGAUGUCAUCUGGUGUUCUUGUGAUUGUAUUACUUGUUGGACAUAUACUUCAUGCUGCACUGAACCGCAUUGCCAAAGUGGAGGAUGACUAUAUGGCAAUGAGGGAGUUAAAAGUACGUGCAGAAGCGGCAGAUGUUGCUAAGUCUCAGUUCUUAGCAACUGUUUCUCACGAGAUCAGGACUCCAAUGAAUGGAGUACUAGGUAUGCUGCAGAUGCUUAUGGACACUGAUCUUGAUGCAACUCAGCAAGAUUUUGCAAAAACAGCUCAAGCUAGUGGGAAAACUCUAAUAGCUCUUAUAAAUGAAGUCCUAGACCAGGCAAAGAUAGAAUCUGGUAGACUCGAGCUUGAGGCUGUUCCAUUUGAUGUUCGUACUAUCCUGGAUAUCGUUGUGUCACUCUUUGCAGAAACAUCACAGGACAAAGGCAUUGAGCUGGCUGUGUAUGUCUCUAAUCAAGUUCCAGAGAUUCUUAUUGGUGAUCCAGGGCGUUUCCGUCAGAUAAUCACCAACCUUGUGGGCAACUCAAUCAAGUUCACAGAAGAGGGGCAUGUUUUUGUCUCAGUGCAUCUUGCUGAGGAGUUGAGGACCUUGUCAGGUGCCAGCUGUGAGGCAUUUAAACAGAAACAAGAUUCUUUGUGCAUUGGAGGAACAGAUUCUUUUUACACACUAAGCGGAUAUCAAGUAGUUGAUAGACGAAAAAGUUGGGAGAGCUUUAAGGCACUAAGCAUGAGUUCACAAGUAGAAGCUAGCGGCCCUAUAAAUUUAUUAGUUACUGUCGAGGAUACAGGUGUUGGGAUCCCUAAAGAUGCACAAAGUCGCAUUUUCAUGCCAUUCAUGCAGGCUGACAGUUCUACAUCCCGUACGUAUGGUGGAACUGGUAUAGGACUGAGCAUCAGUAAGUGCUUGGUGGAUCUUAUGGGUGGGGAAAUAGGUUUUGCAAGUGAACCAAAGGUUGGCAGCACGUUUGCUUUCACUGCUGCUUUUACUAGGGGACAAGCAAACUCACAAGACAUAAAGCGGCAACAGUCUGACUCUGUGACUUCAGAAUUCCAAGGAAUGCGGGCAGUAGUUGUUGAUGGCAGAAGCAUACGCGCUAUGGUCACAAAGUACCAUUUGAAGAGAUUAGGCAUUCAAGUUGAGCUUGCAGAUUGUCUAAAAUCAGCUUUAUCUUUUAUAUCCAGUGCCUCAGAGAAUGUUAACAUGGUGCUCGUUGAUAAAGACGCUUGGGCUAAGGAAACUGGCAUGGCAUUUCCCUCACUUCUCAAAGAGCUUCAGCAGAAUGGCAGAUCCAAUUCCCUUGCAGUUCCAGACAUUCCAAAAAUGUUCCUCCUAGCAACAUCUAUAAGUUCAAGUGAGCUUGAUGAUGCCAAGUCAAUGGGAUAUGUUGAUACUGUAAUCAUGAAGCCUCUCAGAGCAAGCAUGAUAGCAGCAUGCCUCCAACAAGCCUUCGGCAUGGGAAGCAAAAGCCAACAAGAGAAGAGACAGCCAUUGACAUCGCUCCAAAGUUUACUCAGUGGCAAGCAAAUAUUGGUAGUUGAUGACAAUGUUAUUAACCGUCGGGUGGCUGCUGGUGCUCUUAAGAAGUAUGGAGCUAAUGUCACUUGUGCAGAAAGUGGGAAAGCAGCUUUAAAGCUGCUUCAACCACCUCACAAAUUUGAUGCCUGCUUCAUGGAUGUUCAGAUGCCUGAGAUGGAUGGGUUUGAAGCAACAAGGCAGGUAAGACAUACUGAAAACAUGGUGAAUGAGCAGAUUGAAUCUGGUGCAACUUCAUCAGAAAUGUAUGAAGGCAUUUCUCAUUGGCAUGUUCCGAUACUGGCAAUGACAGCUGAUGUCAUUCAAGCAACGCAUGAGGAAUGCACCAAAUGUGGCAUGGAUGGUUAUGUAUCAAAGCCAUUUGAGGAGGAACAGCUGUAUUCUGCUGUGGCUCACUUCUUUGAGUCUGACAAGGUGCAGCCGACUUCUUAACUUCGAAAUUAGUUUCCAGGUCAGAAUUAACUGGCAUUGCAGUCAUGACGUUUGGUUAUCAACCAAAUUCUGCCAGAAUCUGGAUCUGUGUGAGUUUCUACUUAUUCAAGCUGCUCUGUGCUAGUCGAAUAUAUGGCCUGUAGAUGCUCAGCUUAUUCAGUAGGAGACACUUGUGAUUGUCACCAAUUUGAGGAGCCUUGGGAGUUUGAAAAACCAUGGCAGGCACCCUUGCCUUAAGGUCAGAUCUGGGUAUACUUUUUGGUGAGCAGAGGCUACCUCAAGGGCUUUACCAACCACUGGCCAGCUAAUCUGGGCAAAGGGUUUUCCCUUCGACUUAAAGGAAUAAGGACUAAUUGUUGAACAUGAGAUGUUAUUGAGAAGUGCUGUUGGUUUCAUAGAUUUGCUUUCCUCGCCUUGUGCCAAGAAUUUGUACAUGAUUUGUUGCCAUGUGAAGGCCUAAGUGCAUCCUUCAGGAGGUAGCAGCCUGACCACCACUUUGUUGUAUAAAUAUUGUAACAUAAUAUAUGCAAUUCAUUUCCUGUAAUGAUGUUACAGAAAAAGUGUCAAAAGGGCAAAUGCUUCAUAUUGUAGCAUUUCAUUCUGAUUUUGUGAUGGCCGUAUUGUACAAAGCUGUUUAUUUCUAUCAGUUUUUGAUAUCACAGCAUAUGUUUUGAUUGCUUAUGUUCUUUCAAGAAGAUAAUAUAAUUGUAAAAUGUCAAUAUUAUUAAGGGAUGCCAAUCUCUUCAUGCUCAUC